AUGGCUUCUGGGCGGAAACAUCGUCGUCGUGGUGUGGUGGGAUCACUUGCGUUUGCUGUGCUGUACUAUUGGGCUACUUUCCGAUGGAUCGGCAGUGUCGGGGCAACCCCAUUCUUUUAUCCAACCUCACAGUAUUAUUACGGUUCGGAUUCUCGGAUACGACCAACCGCAAAUGGCUACAGUACCUAUCAACAACCAAAUACUGCAAAUAUUCCGUCCGCUGCGGAAUCACAAAAUGUAGCCUAUUACACCGGAAAUCCAAACUAUUACGGUGUGCCCGGGUAUGAGGAUCAUCGAUCCGCUUCGAGUUCUAGAAAUGGUUGGAGAGAUCCUUACCUUGGAUGGAAGUGGAAUAACUAUUACAAUCGUUACUACUAUAAUGGUUACCCGAGCAGUGCUGAUGGUGGUUUGAAUGGUUGGAAGAAUCGUAACGAUGGUUCUACAUACUAUUACAACAGACGACAAGAUGCCGUUCAACCACCUCUAGAAACGACAAUCCCAGCAACAACAACAACCACACAACGACCAAGAAAGAAAAAGCUGUUUGUACCAAAUGUGUGGGGUUGA